AUGGAAGCAAACGGAGAGUCAGUCGCCGAGAAUUCGGCUGACAAUUUGCAACCGAACGAUUUCGAUUCAAAGAAUACCGAACCCAACGCUAUCGAUGUCGAUGUUUGCGCAGAUUCAAAACUAAACGAAACAGAUAAUAGCGAAUGUGAUGGAAACAAACAAGCAUGUCAAGAAGAUAACAAGGAAUCCAGUACCAAUGUCGAGGAUAAAAUUCCGUCGACUGGUUUGAUGCGCAGCCGUAGCAUUUCUCGCCAUAGCCACACAUCGCAACAAGACCAUGAUCACCAUGGCAGGGAACGUAGCGGAUCAGAAGUUAGUGAAGCCAAUUCACGAAAAAGUCGCAGCACAUCACGCCACAGUCGUCGGACACGUUCGCGUAAUCGUAGCACGUCUAGCGUUAGUCGCAGCCGCAGCCGCUCCGGAAGUCGCAAUUCAUCGCAUCGAAGUGGCAGCCGGCGCGUCCGAACGCCGUCGCGUUCGCGAUCUCGUUCUGGUUCAGGAUCUCGUUCUCGCUCCCGUUCUCGUUCACGCUCCCACUCACGUUCGCAAUCGCGUUCACGAUCUCGUUCCCGUUCGGGUUCUGGUUCAAGAUCUCGCUCUCGUUCCGGAUCAGCUUCUCGUUCCAGUUCCGGUUCUCGUUCACGUUCUCGUUCCCGGUCUCGUUCACGAGCCCGUUCGCGCUCCGGAACUGCAUCGAGCUCACGCUCACGUUCCUCUAAAUCCAAAUCCGGAAGCCGAAGCGUUAGUCGUAGCGUGAGCCGUAGCGUUAGUCGCAGUCAAAGCCGCGAUAGCUCGCGUUCUGUAUCCCGCAGCAAGAGUCCAUCCAUGGCAACGGGAGGCGGAAAUCGCAGCGAAGGGGAAAGUGCUGCCGGUCCGAGUAAUUCCGGCGGUGGAAAACACAUUAAGCAACCAAAACGUAUCAUAGAUUCCGAUGAUGAAGAUAACGACGAAGAAGUCGGCACCCGAAACGACGAUAAAAGACAAGACGAUCCAGAUGAAGUUAGUUCUGUUGCAGAUGAUGCAGAACCUUCGCACAAGGCGAACAAACAGGCCAUCAUUGAUUCCGAUGAUGAUGGCAUCAAAGAUGAUGGUUCAGAAAGGGGGCAGUUUAUGUCAGAUUUUGACAUUAUGAUGGCGCGUAAAAAGGAAGAAAAGUCGCGACGCCGCAAACGUAACGAUAUUGACUUGAUCAAUGACAAUGACGAUCUGAUUGCGCAGUUGUUACAGCGGAUGCGCCAGGCGGCUGAACAAGAUCGGCAAUUAAACUUGGAAAGCAAACCGGCCACGAAAAAAAUCGCUAUGCUGAAGUAUGUUAUGUCGCAGCUUAUCAAAAAGGACUUGCAGCUGGCAUUCCUCGAACACAACGUAUUGAACGUGUUGACCGACUGGAUUGCACCACUGCCCAACAAAGCACUACCGUGCUUGCAGAUUCGAGAGAGUAUUCUCAAGCUGCUAUCAGAUUUUCCUACCAUCGACAAGUCAUACUUGAAACAGUCUGGAAUUGGAAAAGCGGUUAUGUACUUGUACAAACACCCGAACGAAACGAAGGCCAACCGUGAACGAGCCGGUCGAUUGAUAAAUGAUUGGUCUCGUCCAAUCUUUAACCUUAGCACUGACUUCAAGGCAAUGUCGCGCGAAGAACGCCAGCAGCGGGAUCUGCAGCACAUGCCACGCAAACGCAAACCAUCCCCAGAUUCAUCUGCUUCGACAAGCAAGAACCAGAAGGGCUUGCCGUUCACCGAAGCCGAAAAAGGGGCUCUUCGACCGGGGGAUAAAGGCUGGGUGCAGCGUGCUAGAGUUCCGAUGCCAUCCGACAAAGAGUACAUCGUUCGACCAAAAUCGAAAAUCGAUGUCGAUAUGAGCAGUAUUCCUAAGAAGAAGCUGAACCGUUACGAAAAACAUCUUAAGAAAUUCAUCGAUCAAAAGAGACUGAACUCUACGCGUCGAGCGGUAGACAUUUCCAUCGAAGGGCGUAAAAUGGCGCUUUAG